ACCCCUCCUCCUGACGCUAUGCUCCGCCUCCUCUGAUGUCACCGCCCCCGUCGCCGAGGAGACCGACAGUGAUGGCGACGAGGAGUCGACAAAGAUGAAGAGGAAAGCCAAGGUGGAGCUGGACCCAACAUGAGGCUGGACCCGGAGCUGUAUGAGGGCAUCGUGAGCCAGCCAAUCAUAGAGCCCUCGCCCAACAUGCCCGGGUAUCCUGGCCAGAUUCACGCCAACAUCGGCCCCAUCAGGACCAACGUGACGUUUGACCAUCGUGAUUGCAGUGUGACCCUGCUAAAGAACGACCACGUUCUCAUCAACCUGCUGGUGGACCUGGUGACCAGGAAGAGGAGGGCAGCAAACAUCAAGCCCAAGAUCCCCUUCACCUUCAGCUACACCAAGGAGACCAGAGAGCUGGGCGUCAUCAGCAGUCUGGGAGCUGAGGAGGGCGUCAUCUCCUCAGAGGAACACGGAGAACUUCCCUUCGACGUCUGCGAGAACUUCAGUGACACCGAACUCAACGCCGACGACGUCCACAAAGAGGUGGAGUUCACAGUGAUGACGGUGAAGUCCAAAAAACGGGCCAUCAGGCUGAGGAGGCUGAAGAAGGUGGAAGACCAAAUCCUGCACGAGCAGAAACGACGAGAGGAAGAGGAGAAGAAGAAGAAGGAGGAGCAAGAGAAGGAGGCAGAGAAGAAGAAGAAGGAGGAAGUCGCUGCAGCACUAGCAGCCGCCCGGGACAAAUGGACGCCGUUUGGCUUCAAAACUAGAGACCCCGACUCACUGGAAGAGAUCAGCAAAGAGCGAUUUGAAGGAACCGUCCUCAAAGCCAUCUCCAAAGCUCCACGCAAGGAGAUCAAGAAGGAACCAGAGGAGAUCCAGAUGGAGCGAGGAGGUGCUGAGAACGGACAGACGGAGAGCAUGGAUGACGGUGUGAAGGCUGCAGAGGAGGUGAAGAAGGAGGACGAGGAGGUGAAGGAGGAGGACAAGGAGGUGAAGAAGGAGGACGAGGAGGCGGAGCUGACACCUGUAGCAGGGGGCGGAGUCAAACCGGACCCAGAGAUGGGUCGACUUGUGAUGACUGUGGAGGGUCAACAGAAGCAGCUUCCCUUCGGUCCCAAAGACCUGCUCAGCAGCGCCACCAUGUUGGACGGAGACAAGGUCCGUUUCAACAUCGCCACCAAUCCAGAGACCAAAGAGGAGCGAGCAACGUACGUGGAAAUCCUCCCCGACUCCUUUGAGGAGUCCAUCGAACAGCGUCGACAUGGCAUCGUGAUCGAGUUCUUCCAGGACUCUGGGCUCAUCAAGUGCUCUCAGAACCCUCAGCUCUACUUCCACAUGUCAGAGGUGAUCGAGAAGAAGAAGCUGGAGCUGAAUGAGAAGGUCGAGUUCAGCGUCAUCCCGCAUGAGACGGCGGAGGGAGGAAACCAGGCCAUCAGGAUAAAACGCUACACAGAGAGCGUCUUCCUCCACGUCCGGAAACUCGGUGGUGUCGGUGCAAACAAAGGAAAGAUGACCAUCAAGCUGACUAAAGCAGAGGAGAAGGACAAACCAGAGACGGACAAGCUGAAAGCCAUCGUGAAAAACCUCAGAGCGCAGGACAGCAAGCCAGUCAGGAAGGAUCACAGCGCCCCUCGCCGUAAAUAUGGCCGCAGCCGGACGAGAAGCAGGAGCAGGAGUCGGAGUCGGGCUCGGAGUAAAAGUAGGAGUCCAUCAAGGGACCAGUUUGGACGUGUUGUCAAAAGGAAACACAGCCCCAGCAUUGACCGCGACCACAAGAGUACCAAGUACAGGCGCAGCCGGGAGACGACGCACCGGCGCAGCAGAAGCCGCUCGAAGAGUCGCAGCAAGAGCUCGAGCAGGAGUCGCAGCAGGAGCAGAGACAGAGCCGCCAAGAAGAAGAGCAAAGUCAGCAGAGAACGAGAGGAAAGCCACAAGAGGAGGAGGGAGCCGAGUCCUCAAACCAGGAGAGGAGGAGUCAUGGACGAUGAACUUGCGAGGAAGAAACGUGAGCUGGAGGAGCUGAAUGAGAUGAUCGCCUAUAAGAAGUCCCUGGUGGACCCAAGAGGACCGGACUCCGGCCAGAGGACCUGCAUAGACUAUGACCACGGCAGGAUUGCUGUCCCGCUCACUGAGUACAAACCAGUCCGUUCCAUCCUGAAGAAACGACCAGAGGAACCCGAAUACCUCCAUCGUCCUCCUUACGAUGAUCCCUACUAUGACCGGGCUUAUAGUCCUUACCAAGAUCGGCGGUAUGCGGAGCGCUAUGGCGACCCGUACGCCAGCCGGCCCUAUGCCGAUCGGCCUUACGCUGACCAUCCAUAUGGGGACCGCCCAUUUGAAAGUCGCAUAUAUGGUGAGCCUCCCUAUGGUGGUCCGCUCCCUGCCCCCCGUCGGUACACCGACCGCUACGAUGUCUAUGAUGAACCCUAUGACGAUCGCUACUAUGACCCGGCAUACGUGGACCGACCAAGUGAUCCAUAUCUCCCAGUCAAACAGAGCCAGUCUCCCGAAUCCCACCAUCUCUCGCCACCCUCUCAGUCUGGUCAAAGCCCCACUGCUUCAACUCAACCGCAUUUGAAAGUUUCUGCUGCCACUUCAUCCUCUGAAGAUCCUUUAAGGCCUUCUUCUCCGGUAGCGCCGCCUCCUCGAAGCCCUUCUCCCAGACUGAAGCUCACCACCUUACGCCCGUCACCUCCUACUGAGAAACCGCCUCUGGACCGCUUCCUCGACAUGCUCAACAAAAAGGUUGAUGCUGAGAAGAAGGCAGAACCGGUUCAUGUUAGCGACGACCUGCUGCCUCAUGAGCGGGCUCUUCAGGACGGGAAAGGCUUCUCCCGGAUUGUGGGAUUGACUCAAGAGCCGCCCAGCAGCAGUCUGGUUCUGGAAGUGGAGCAGAAGAAACCAAGUCCUAAACGGUCCUUAGUAGAGAGGACGAGUGAGGAUCCAAAGACAGAACCCUAUGACAAGAUCCAAAGUCUUCUCCGUACAAUCGGCCUGAAGCUGAGUACCGGAGAUGUGUCCAAACUGGCCAGCCGAGCACAGGAGAAAAUCUACAGCCCCAAGUCGUCCUCCACCGAAGCAGAGACUUUAUCGUCUCCAAAGGAAGACUUGCGAACGAGCAGAACUGGUUCUGUUGAAUUUGAUCAUAUUCAUUCUCCGUCCCCCAUUAGAUCCUCAAGUUUGGAACCGCUCAGCAGACAUCCAACCUCCGUAUCUGAGUACGAGGAAUUCCUGGAUCAGCAGGAGUUGGACACUCUGAAGAAGGCACAGCAGCUGCAAAGUCUUACCAAGACGAGAGAGACUACACCCUCCAGCACCCCUUCCCCCAAGCCUCCUCCUGGGCCCCCCCCUGCUCACUACCAACAUCCACCCCUCCCAGUCAACUGGCCAAUCAGCAUCACUUCUCACAUUUCCCCUACACAGACCUCGACAUCAACAAGUGUUGAAACUCCAUCUCCUCCUGCAGCUCGGCAGCCACACCUGCGACCUCCAGGACCUCCGCCUGGACCUCCUCCAAGGCGUCCUGGACAGCCCCCUCCAGGACCUCCUCCUGGGCCUCCACCCCGGCGCCCUCUUGGACAACCUCCUUUCAUUCCACCCUCCAGCUAUUCGGUUUUGCCUUUUAUUGGCACUCCUGACCCAACUCUGCCCCCUAACGCCUCCAGUCCUCCUCAGCCUUUGACCACUGCCAUUGCAACCCCACCAUUAUCAACACCAGCGACCUCGACUCCUUCAGGCGAUGACCCAUCAGCCAUCUCCACCACAGUGGCUCGGUGCUUGAAGGUCAUAGAGACGGUGAAAUCUCUUGCUGUGCAGCCACCAGCCAAGCCAGGCAAAUCAGUCCAGUUCAGUUUACCGACAGAGUCCCCGUCAGCUGCCAGUCCUCCAACCUCAGUGGUGGCAGACGACGACAUCAAGACCAAGCAGAAGGAAAAGUUGGAUUUGUACAACCAGAGGCUUCUGGAAAAGAGAGAGCAACAGUACAAAGACCUCCAAGCUCGCAAGAAGCAAGGAGAGAAGGAUGGACCCUUGAUGGCUGCAGGAAAACCGAUCAGCAGCGAAGCCAAGAACGUCUGGAUCUGCGGACACUCGCUGGUGUACUGGGCCGAGUCCCGAGCCAAGUCCCCGGAGGUAGGUAUGCAGCUGGGCAUGGACCCCAGCAGGGUGUCCAUCUGGUGGAAGGGCACCCAGGGCAUGACCUGGUCUCAGCUGCUGCCUCAGCUUCACCAGCUGAAGGUCACCUGGCCGAACCCUGACGUCCUCAUCAUCCACCUGGGAGGCAACGACCUAAGCACCGACAGCCCCACCGACCUGCUGGCCUCUGUCAGGAAGGACCUGACCUCCAUGAGGAGCAUCUUCCCGAGAUGCGUCCUCGUCUGGUCCAACAUCCUCCCCCGCAGGGUUUGGCGCCACUCAGCGGACAACCACGAAGUGGAUCUGGUUCGAACUACGGUGAACCGCCGCAUCCAGAACAUUGUGUCUGAGCUGGGCGGUGCCUCGCUGAGCCAUGAUAACAUCCGCUGUGGCGCCAACACAGGUCUGUAUCGGCCCGACGGCGUCCAUUUGUCUCCUAAAGGCAUUGACGUCUUCAACCUAAACCUGCAGGAUUUCCUGGAAAAGUGGGAUCUGGAGGUGAAUGGCGCCUCCGAGCAGAGCUGAUCUGUUUUUACGUUCCUUUUAUCACUUUCAUAGUCAAAUAUCAAUUAAAAGCUGCAGCUACUCAGCGGAUCAGUCAUGUGUUCGUAGUUUAACGUUUAGAUGAAACAUGUUUGUGUCACCAAACAAUAAAGUCAGAACUAAGAA